UAAUCAUAACUACAAUGGUCGAAUCAUGCAAUAAAAAUAAAUAGCGGUGUGUUCUUCUUUUAAUUUGACUCUCUCCUCUCCCUCUCUACUUUCUUUUUUCUUUUUGUAAAAUCAAAAAUCUUUCUUUCUCCUCAUUUGCUUGAAUCGUGUUUAAAACUCCUCAAAACUCUCAAUUUAAAUCAAUCUGUACGACUGACUAGUGGGGAAGAGUGUUACAUCGUCGUCGUUUUGAAUCCCUUUUGAGAUGUUGGGAGCUGGGUUUCAGUUGACUAAGCUGAACGACGUCUCUAAUGGCGGAUCGAUUCACAGUCAAAAAGGGUCUGCGUUGGAAGCAUCGACAACAAGUAAUGUAGAACGGUUUUUGGAGUCGGUCACACCAUCUGUGCCUGCUCACUAUCUCUCCACCUCCAAGACUCCUCCUUACUUUGUUCUUGGAGAUGUGUGGGAAUCGUUUGCUGAGUGGAGUGCUUACGGCACUGGAGUUACUCUCUCUUUGCAUAACAUCAACUACAAGGAUCGUGUCAUACAAUACUACGUUCCUUCUCUCUCCGCCAUCCAAAUCUAUACUGAUCAAGCGAGGGGGGCAGGUGAGGAGAGCGAGAGCGAUUUCAAGGAUUCUAGCAGUGAAGGAAGCAGCAGUGAGUCAGAGAGAGGACUCUCUGGUGGUAUGGACCAGCUCUCGUUAAGAAAGGAGCAUCGUGAAGACUCGUCCAGUGAUGAUGGGGAGCCUUUAAGCUCUCAUGGUCGUUUGGUAUUUGAGUAUCUUGAACGUGAUCUUCCUUACAUCCGUGAACCCUUUGCCGACAAGAUGUCUGAUCUGGCCUCUAGAUUUCCUGAGCUGAAGACGCUGAGAAGCUGUGAUUUAUUACCUUCAAGCUGGUUUUCUGUGGCAUGGUACCCAAUUUACAAAAUACCCACAGGACCCACGGUCAAGGAUCUGGAUGCUUGUUUCUUGACGUAUCAUUCCCUUCACACUCCCUUUCAAGGUGCAGGCAUUACAACACAGUCUAUGUGUGAGGUGCAGCCAAUGGAGAGUGUUGAGAAGACUACCCUGCCUGUGUUUGGCCUUGCUUCAUACAAGUUGAGAGGUUCUGUAUGGACAAGCAUCAAAGGAUCUGGGCACCACCAGCUCGUGAACUCCCUUUUCCAAGCCGCAGACAACUGGCUGAAGUUGCAUCAAGUCAACCAUCCUGAUUUCAUCUUCUUCAGCCGAUGAUGAUAGGAUUAUUAUGACGACAAAAGAUGUAGGAACUCUUUAUAAUUACUGUCCUGAGGAAACUCAUAUAUACAUACAUACAUAUAGGGAACUUGUUCAUGUAUUGGGUUUUGAUCAUUAAACUUUAUUGUGAACCCUGCUCAAAUGGUGAUUGAUGUAUACAGAAAACUAAUUUUCUUUUAUAUGUAAAACAUGUUUUUGCAAUAAAAGCUAAUAGUUAACUA